AUGGCCUGGAAAUACUGCGGCGCGGUCGGGCAAUCUUGGCCAGGAGGCUACUCCCUCACCUUGGAUCCGCCUCAGUCGGGGCAGCAACUCAGCCUGCUCCCAGCCCUGCCUCACACGCCGCUUCUCCUCCGCCUGCCGCCUCGAGCCGAGGUCGAGGUUGUGAUCCAACCGGCCGUCCGGCCAGCCUCUCCCAACCCUUACAGGGGAAGACCAGCUGCGUCCCGCUCUGCCCCUACUCCUGCAGAGGAAGACAGCCCAGGCGAUCAUCCGAACCCCGCGCCAACUGAGCCCGUUCCCGAACAACCUCCUGCUCCUCCUGGUGCUGACGCCGGCCCUUCUCAAUCUUCCUCCUUCGCCCGCCAUCGUUACAGGACCACCAUCCCCUCUGAAGCUGCAAUAGCUCGGCAGCCUGACGCCCCCACGAGCCUUUUGAUGAUGAAAGGCUGCCUCGGCAGUUUGUGGGCAGAGAGCAUGGAUCAAAUGGGUGGUGCGCCUCCAUUAGUCCAGAUGGACAGCAAAGAACUCCGGGAGAGAGUCUCCGAAUUAGAGCUGCAACUGAACGACCCUGCCCAAGCCAGUUAUGCUUUGCGAGCGGAGAUUCAGGCCCUAACCAAUCAGACCGACCGUCAGAAACGAUCCCUGAUACAGGUGAAAGAUGAGCUCCAAGCCAUGAGGGAGGAGAGAACUGCAUCUGAGGCGGGUUAUCAGCAACAACUAGCCCACCAAGCUCAAGAGAUACGGUCCAAAGAUACCCUUCUGCAGGAGAGGGGCGAGAGAUUGGAGGUUCAGGCAGCUCAACUGGAGACUCAAGCAGCUGAACUGAGGGCUCUGAAAGCAGAACUGUCCCAGUCUCGAGCGGCUCUGUCGGGAGCUGGGGCACGCUUCUCUGCGACCAUACCAUACACGGCGGCCGGGGUUAUCCGCUUCCAGCCUGGCCGCUAUUUGCUCGCGAAUUUCGCUGAUGAAAUCUAG